AGACCCUUUCUGCUCUUCUUUUUUUCUUUUUCUUUUUACGCAUAUACACCUCUUUUUUCCUCUUUUGCUUGUGAUCUGGCAUUCAUAAACAUCGCAAUGGAAGAUGUCCAGUCUUCCAUGCUGCUGGCUACACAGCUUGCAGAAAAAGGUCAAAUCAAGGAUGCAUACAUGACAUUUCUCUCGACGACACAACACUCAUUGGAUUCACUUUACGAAAUUAAGUUUGUUCAUUCCUCCAUUGUAUCCCAGCCAAAGCAGUACGCUGCAUUGAUCUCCGCCAUGCGAACAUGUUUAUCGCAUAUUGAAAACAUAUUAGAAACGCAUUCACCAAUGUCACCCACGAAUCGCAUAUUUCCUAAUAGCGACGCAUCAUCGUCAGCAGCAGCAGCAGCAGCAGCAGCACACAGUAAAGCACCUCCUCCACCUCUGCCACCCAAACCAUCGCGAAUUCAAAAGCCAAGUAUCCCGCCAAAACCGGCAAUUACCACCACAAAAACAUCACGCCCUACCUCUCCCACUUCCGACACUCACAAUAUCCACCAAGACAAUGCUGCACCUACUAGCACUAACCAUCACCGCCCUUCGACCACAACGACGACGCCUGUGGAGACGACUAUAAAGCCAUCAGCGCUUCAAAAACACUUACAGCCACCUAUACCACGACCACCACCACAACAACAACAAAACAAUAGUGACUCCUCAUCUGUUUUAAGGCCACUCAGUGCGCCUCAGCCGUACAAUGCCCCAACAGACAACCCCCAACGCCCCUAUUCCGAGUACCCGUCAUCGCCGUCAUCGUCAUCAGCGAUAAACAGAAUUGCAGCCGAAGAAGGCGAACUCGACCCUACCCAUCUUGUUCCAGCACAAACCAAUGCGGGUGACAGUCUUAGCCCACCAUCGGUCACCACCAUGAACACCGAUCAUGUCCCCUAUAUUCCUGCACCGCCACUUUUGACAACGCACCGAGUCCUGCAGGCCAGGCUGGAUGAGCUUGAGACGACGGUCAAAGAGUACAAGACGAAAAAGCAACAGUUGGGCAACAGCCAUGGACACCGGGAUGCAGCUUCAGAAGAAGAACUGGAUAGAGUCAUAUUGCAAUACACGGGGAUGGCUGCUGAUAUCAAACAGACACUGAAUCGAGUGCGGACGCUUUACAUGAGUGCUGCAACCAUUCCGACGGUCCUGCAAUUCCCGACGCAUUUGAUUGCUUAUCAGAUCACUUUGAUUGAGUCGGCUGUGUUUUGUGCCAUCCCACCUCAAGCGUUACUAGAACAUUCGGCACGCCAUCCAAAUCCACGGAUCGUCGCAUCGACCGACUUUUUCAACUACUUGACGCGUGUGAUUGAGCACGCCAUUCUGUUACCACAAGAGGCAUCGACGCGCGCACAGCAUAUCAAUCAUUGGAUCAAGGUCGCCUCUAAAUGUCUUGACUUGAACAACUACCAGACCCUGAAGGCCAUUGUUUCUGCACUGGGAACGCCACCUGUACAGCGCCUGCGUCGUACAUGGGCCUAUAUACCAAAAAAGAGCCUGACCAAGCUGGAAACACUGAGCGAACUGAUGAGCGAGAGCGACAACUAUGGCAAAUACCGCGAACACAUGGGCAUGGUGAACGCAAGUAUUGUGAACGGCAAAAGCGUUGCGGGCAUACGAACAGAACACUUCUCCAAGCCGACCGUUCCUUUCCUCGGCACGUUCAUUCAUGACAUCACCUACCUCUUGGCAGCAGCCGUCAAGUCUGGCAAGGCGCCUACUGACGAUCCACGGGUGAUGGAGGUGUUGCAGAUGAUGGAAGCUUUCCAGCGGGGACCUCAGUACACGUCAGCGCCGCCCAAUUGGUUUGUCAAGGCAUCACAAAAGCACCAUCUGCGGCCAGCCUUGUCGAAUGCAUUGCAUAGGAGCGCAUCUGGCAUUGGGCGGUUUAGUGGUGGCAUGUUUGGCAUAUCCGGAAACAGCAGCAAUAACAACGACGAUGACGACAGCAGUAGCACCAAGGGAGAGAGUAGCAACGGUAUGAUGGAAGAAGACAGUGUGGAAGAGCAACAACAGAUGAUCACACAGUACUUUUUGAUGCGAUCUUGGGUGAGUCAAAACACGGUGGAUGAGCUGAGCAUGUUACGUGAGCCGCCAAGACAGCAGACAGGAAGAUCGACGACGGGUGGAGGGCCGUACAGUCAGCAUCGAAGCACAAGUGGCAGUAAUAAUCACACAAGUUCCAUGAUUAGCAACACGAGCUCGUUGAUGCGGUUCAGUACGGGAAGUGUGUCGAUGGGCACGUCUAGUGGUGGUGGAGGGUUCGAUAGUCGUGGAACAAGCAUGGAAGAAUACUCUCCCGAUAGCUAUGCCCCUACGAGUCGGAGCAGUAGUAGUGCCCGUAAUAGUGCCGACGAUCAAGAUGCAUCAGCAGCAGCAGCAGCAGCAGCUAAAAAUGGAGGGUUGUGGCCGUUCCGACGCAGCACAGACAGUCAUCGUCCGGGUAGUGCUGGUGAUCAAGUCAUGGCAACGACAACGACAACAACAAGUAGUAGCACUGGUAAUGCGCGUUCUACUCGGAAGAGCGUGCCGAGUUCGAAUCUAGACAUUGUUUUGACAGCCAGUCAAGAUGAGCCGCCACAUAUACCACCACGUCCUCCUCCACGGAAGGAUGAUAACAACAAUAAUGAUGAACAGUUCAAGAAUGCUUUGGCGCAACGACUUCAGGCACAAGUCGCUGCGCGAUAUCCUUGAAGAAAACUUACUCGUAGUCAUCAGUAAUGGAAAUACCCCAUCCUCUUUGUUUCUUUUUGUUCGUGUCUUUCUCCCCUCCUCCGUUAGUGCCUCCUUCUCCUCCGUCUGCAUCACCCUUUCUACCCUGUCUAUUUUUGGAAGCUGUAUUACAUACGACAUAUCUCACCUUCUUUUAUUUGCCAACCACACACACAUACGCACUUACAAACACUUGUCACACGCACUUACAAACACUUGUCACAC